UCUCAAAAACCCCAUUUUCAUUUAAUCUCUUCUUCUCCACAAAGCUUCAUCUCUCUCAUCUCACAUUUUGCUUAAAGAUUCCAUUUUUAAACCAAAAAUAAAAAAAAACUCCACAAACCCCAUUUCUUAAAUCCAUUUUUCUUCAUAGAUCUUCACUUUUUUCAUCUCACAUUUGGUUAAAGAUUCAAUCUUUGAACAGAAAAAAGCAAAAAAAAACCAAGCAUUCUUGAUUUUCAGAUGACUUAUGUGAGAUGAAGGAGAAAACUCAAACACCCAUUUGCCCUCUGUUUUUUCUUGUGCUCUGUUUUUUGUGUUCAGUUUUUCCUGAACACACAAAUGCUGAGUUUACUGUCUCUGAAAAUGGCCCUUUAACUGAUUCUGAAGCUCAGUUCAUCAAACACAGGCAGCUUUUGUAUUACAGAGAUGAGUUUGGUGAUAGAGGUGAAAAUGUGAAAAUUGAUCCAUCUAUGGUGUUUGAGAAUGAUAGAAUCAAGAAUGCUUAUAUUGCUUUACAAGCAUGGAAACAAGCUAUCAUUUCAGAUCCCUUUAAUAUCACUCUGAAUUGGGUUGGUCCUAAUGUAUGCAGCUACACCGGAAUCUUCUGUGCUCCGGCGUUGGAUAACCCCAAAAUCCGUACAGUUGCCGGCAUUGACCUUAACCAUGGUGACAUUGCAGGGUACCUCCCGGAAGAGCUUGGGCUUCUUACAGAUCUUGGGAUUUUCCAUAUCAAUUCAAACCGUUUCUGUGGUACAAUACCAAGAAAAUUCAGCAAGUUGAAGAUACUGUUCGAGCUGGAUCUGAGUAAUAACAGGUUUGCUGGGAAGUUUCCUUAUGUUGUUUUGAGUUUACCCAAGUUGAUAUUUUUGGAUAUUAGGUUCAAUGAAUUUGAAGGUAAUGUACCUUCACAGCUUUUUGAUAAGCCAUUAGACGCCAUUUUUAUUAAUCAUAAUCGGUUUGCGUUUGAGUUGCCGGAUAAUUUUGGGAAUUCGCCGGUUUCUGUGAUAGUUCUGGCGAGUAACAGUUUCCAUGGGUGUCUUCCGGCGAGUAUUGGAAAUAUGAGUAAUCUUAAUGAGGCGAUUUUAAUGAACAAUGGGUUACGUUCUUGUUUGCCGGCGGAGAUUGGGUUGUUGAAAAAUCUGACUGUAUUUGAUGUGAGCUUUAAUCAGUUGAUGGGUCCGUUGCCGGAGAAUUUUGGUGAUUUGGUGAAUUUGGAGCAAUUGAAUGUGGCACAUAAUAUGCUUUCUGGGACAAUUCCGAAAAGCAUUUGUCAGCUUCCUAAGCUUGAGAAUUUUACGUAUUCUUAUAAUUUCUUCACUGGUGAACCGCCGGUGUGUUUGGGGUUGCCGGAGUUUCAUGAUGAACGGAAUUGUUUGCCCAACAGACCGGUGCAACGCUCUCAGGGACAGUGUAAGGCCUUUUUGUCUAAAAAAAUUCAUUGCAGUGCUUUCAGGUGUCAUAAAUUUGUUCCUGUUUUGCCACCUCCUCCGCCACUUUCACCCCCCUUGCCUGCCCCUCCGCCACCUAUUUAUUCGCCUCCGCCACCAGUUUAUACUCCUCCACCUCCAGUUUAUUCACCACCGCCACCACCACCCUCUCCAUCACCACCUCCGCCUCCACCACCAGUCUAUUCACCUCCACCCCCACCUCCAUCUCCUCCUCCACCAUCACCAUCACCUCCACCUCCACCCCCGCCAUCUCCACCUCCACCAUCACCCCCACCACCAGUUUAUUCACCACCACCACCGCCACCAUCUCCCCCUCCACCAUCACCUCCACCUCCUCCCCCACCCGUUUAUUCGCCACCACCAUCUCCACCUCCUCCAUCACCAUUGCCUUAUUGUGUACGCUCACCUCCACCUCCACCACCAAAUUCCCCACCUCCUAAUUCUCCACCUCCACCGCUUGCUCACUCGCCUCCACCCCCUUCACCUUACUAUUACAAUUCACCACCACCUCCGCCCCCAAAUUCACCUCCUCCUCCACCAAAUUCGCCUCCUCCUCCACCAGUAUACAUAUACUCAUCACCUCCGCCACCAAAUUCACCUCCUCCUCCACCACCAACAUACGUAUAUUCUUCACCUCCUCCACCUCCUUCCCCAUUGCCUUGUAUAGAACCCCCUCCACCACCUCCUCCUUGCAUUGAACCACCCCCACCCCCCUCCCCUUCACCAUCUCCUCCUCCACCACCGGUUUAUCAUUACAAUUCUCCGCCCCCACCAUCUCCAUCUCCUCCACCACCAGUUUAUUAUUACAAUUCUCCACCCCCACCAUCACCACCGCCUACUCCAGUAUACGAAGGGCCAUUACCACCAGUAAUAGGAGUUCAAUAUGCUUCACCACCCCCACCACCCUUUUAUUAAUUCUUUCAGAAAUUUCACUAACUCUUAUCCUCAGAGCACAAAAUAGUUCCUACAAUUAUUAUUUCCUCAACUCUUCAAGCCAUCAACAAAAUCGAGCUAAUAUGUGAUCACGAACCUUAAAUGGUACGACAGAAAGAAAGAUAGAGGAGGUAAAGAGGAGAAAGAUUCAAUCUCCAAUGAUUUUAUUUUUGAAUUGUUAUAAUUAGGUUGAAGUUGUGGAGAGAAUAAAUUGGCAAAGUAAAGAUUGAAACUUUGCUGGAAAAUGUAUGUAUAGAGAUCAUAAUCUUGAAUUAGAAACCAGUUUACAGUGCUUGCUGCAACUGGUUUUAUUUAAUGAUCAUACUUUGAUUUCUUUGUAAUUUUUUCUUUUUUUUGCUUCUUCCAAACUAUAGUAUAAGAUGAGCUUUUUAUUUUCUUUUAAAACUUGUAUUGAUUCCUCAUAAUUCAGAUGAUUUCUUUCUAUAUCUAA